GUUACGUCCAAUUCUUAAAAAGAAUUGGUGGCGUGAGGAGGUUCUGACACUGUGGGCUGAUGACAUGUGGGAGACACAUUUCAGAAUGAAACGUGCCAUUUUUUUUGUUCUGGUACAAGUGCUCCAGCCCGACCUUGAGAGAAGCUGCAGUAGAAUGAGGAAGCCAAUCUCUGUAGAAGAGAGGGUGGCAAUGACGUUGUGGUGGUUGUCGAGCCCUCUUUUGUACCAUAAAGUGGCAUCCAGAUUUGAAGUUGGGAGAUCAUCGGUUGCCGAGAUUGCUGUGGAGGUUUGUCUGGUGAUUGAAAAGAGACUUCUAAAAAAAGCUAUUCAGCUUGGAAAUUAUCACACGAUAAUGGACGGUUUCCUUAACAAGGGCUUCCCUCAUUGCGUUGGGGCAAUUGAUGGAACGCAUAUUCCAGUUAGCCCACCAUGUGGAAGGGAGGAAGAAUACCUCGAUCAUAAGCAGGGAUACUCCAUCACGGUACAAGGGACAGUUGACCAUCGCGGAAGAUUCAUCGACGUGGAACUGGGACAUACUGGGAGAGCGCAUGAUAGCCACAUUUUCAGGCACUCCGCUUUGUGGCAUGCCAUGGAUGAAGGAUACUUUGUUCCUGGCAAUCCCACCAUCAAUAUUGCUGAUGUGCGUGUUCCACCAUUGAUAAUUGGGGAUGGAGCAUACCCUAUACAGCCAUGGCUCAUGAGGCCGUUUCCUGCUCCGAACUGCCCUGAACAGGUGUACUUUAACAAAUCAUUAAGCAGGGCAAGAAACAUCGUGGAAAAAGAUUUUGGCCAUUUGAAAAGCAGAUGGGGCUGCCUUGCUGGCAGACUCACAGUGAAAGAAGAAAACUUUGUUACUGUGACUGCGGCUUGCUUUGUUUUGCACAACAUUUGUGUUACUAACGGAGAGGUGCUUCAUGAUGACAUUGAGGCACCAGCUCCUAUUGUUCUACCACCCAUGCAUGCCAAUCGGAAACAGUAUGAUAUUAACAGGAAAAGGGAGGGCGAACAGAUAAGAAAUGCAAUUGCUGGAUGGAUGUUUACGAAUUUGCGGCGAUAA